AUGCAGAUGAGUCGGCUCACAACUCCGGUCUCACAGGCCUACCUGAUCGAGAGACAGAGACUGUCCACUCCGGCCUGUUGCUCCAGCAACGACUUGAUAAGUCUGCGGUCUGAGCCCAUUUCGAGCUCGGACGGCCGACUGCAUGUGAAGCAGGAGUCGACCUCUGGCGCCAUGGAGGUGUACCAGUUCCCUGAGCUCAUCUCCUACGCAGGACCACCCCCACCGCCGCCACCCUAUCGGCCGAUGGCGAUCAAAGGAGAGGGCUCCGAAUGCCCGUCGGCCCACUUGAGCCACUCGGCGUCGGGCUGUUUCGGUCGAAUGACUGUGAAUACCACCUUUCGAGCACAGACGAGUCCCGACUUUGUGCACAACGGCCCAUUCUCCGGCCACGUCUCCGAGUCGGCGACCAGUUCGCCCUGUUCCACCGUCAGCGAGUCCACUCCGCCCCACAUAGCCUCUGUCAUGCAGAACUUUGUCUACCAUCACUCGCCUGAGCCCGCCUCCUCGGCCUCCUCGUCCUCGUGUGAAUCACACUCGACUAGCUACUCCUCACUGACGCCCUCCUUUUCGCCGUCGCCCUCCUCCUCGUCCUCUUCUUCUCUCGCCUCCUCCGCCUCCACCGGCCGUCAGUCCGUCCUGCGAGAAGUCACCUUGGCUCCCGAGGCUGUACACAAAAUGGCCCACACGACGCCCGGCUGCGGUACCGGCGGGCCGGCCAAAACGAAACAGUACGCCUGCGAGGCGGCGGGUUGUGGCAAGCGAUUCGCCCGCGUUGACGAGCUCAAACGGCAUCAGAGGACGCAUAGCGACCAGCGUCCUUUUCCCUGUACCCUCUGUGACAAGGCUUUCACUCGAAGUGACCACCUCACCACGCACAGACGCACACACACCGGCGAGAAGCCGUACAAAUGCGACCUUUGUGAGCGCCAAUUCGCCAGGUCGGACGAGCGAGCUCGCCACAAGAAGACGCACGGUCGACCGCGACGAGCCGGCCGGCGACCGAAAAACAAAGAAGCUGGCGUUGCGUCGACGUUGUCGACGGCGAGGUCGACGCCCUUGGAGACGGGUGACACGAUGAGCCCGGCCAAUCAACCAGUCGGCGACGUCGAGCCAUGCCAAACGCAGACUCCCUCCACGCCAUCGGUCAGACAGCCGGCCGGCCUGUUGCCCUCGCUGGCGGGAUCUGACACGAUCAAAUCGUCUCCCACCCUCUACCCCAAACUACAACCCGACAAGAUCCGGUUGGUGAGCCAGCCUUCGUAUGAAAGUCGACAGAUGAGCCAAUCGGUACUCCUCACUUCGGUAGCCAACAUCACAAUCAUGCCCCUCCUGGCGACUGCAAAUGGGGACUCGCGACACUGCGACACAACACUCUUUUCGGCACAUCUACAACAGAACCAUCAACCAACUGCUCAAUAA